AUGGAUUUUGAAAAACUCCUUUUUGAUUUUUCUGUAUAUUCUCUAAUUAUAUACUACUAUAUUUACAUCUCGUUGUAUUUUCUUGUUGAUAAAGACAUGCUCCCUUCCUGGUUGCUCUUCUCUCAUCUCUGGAACCAACCCAACGAGAAUCUCACAGAGGAUGAGGGAUCAGCAUAUUCUUCUUCUACAACACCGUCGUCAUCUUCAACUUUCGUUGGUGUUUCUGCUGGUGGCAACAAGAAUAUUCAAAAAGGUCCUGCGCAACGUUCCUCUGAGCAUAUCAAGAGAUUGCUUCUUGACAAAAGAAAUCGCCAAAAAGCGAAGCUUACCCCAAAGCCAGCUUUUCUACCAGGGACCGCGAAGUGCGAGCAGCGUCAUGAAGAAGCAAUAAAACACCAUCAGAGCUCACCAGUCCAGAAUGACAUUUUCUUGGCCAACCUGACCUCCUUGAACUUAUUCCAUCCGUUGGUUCCCAAUCGGGCGAUGCCACAGGAAGUCCCGUUCAGAGCCUGCAAUGAUAUGGAUCUAUUUUGUGCUUGGAGGCAGGAAAGAUGUGCGAUCAGCUCGAGAAAUGCUAAACUCGAGUGGAAAUUGCUUGAUGAGGACGCUAGGAAGUUGUGGAAUAAAAGGAAGAAAUUGUUUUCGAGGAGUUCAUGGUCCAAUUGA